UGGCUAAGAGACUAGUGGAGUAUUAUCCCAUGCUACAGGAUAAAGAUGAACCCAUCAAACAUGUAAGUGAUGGCAAUUUUAGCCAUAUUAUUUUCUUGAAAAGUUAUUUUUUAAAAAGUUGUGUGAUAUUCAAAAUGUUUUUUUCAAUAAGUGACUUUUUUCACCACAGAUGAGCAUGUACAGUUAUCUUCAGAAGAGAAUUCUGAAUGUGAAGUCCCCACAGAAGAGGAAGGGGCCCAGACCAGAGAGAAGCAGUUCAACCAAAAGACGUCACAUUGACUUCUCUCCAAGUGACCAGGGAGAAGAUUAUGAUGCAGACUCAAGUGGUGGAUCAACAAUUCUUUUGCCACCUAGGGGCAGUUCUGAAGACGACAGUUCAGCGGACAAAGAUAGUCCGGCAGCACAGGCCAGGCAUUACAAGACUCUGCAGGAGAUGUACAAAAAACCAAAACCCAACCAAGAUGCUGUCUGCCAGAUCCUUGACCUUGAGUUUCAAUCAAGAAGAGCCUUCAUUGACAGUGGCAUUCUGAAAGAAGAGGACAGACCAGCAAAGAUUUUCGAGGCAUAUCCAUGUUUCAAAGAGCUUCAUCAUGUGAUGGAUGAGCUGCGGCGGAUUCUGGCUAAGGACAACAGCAAGUUCAUCAAUGAAGUAAAGAAGAGAUGGGCCGACUUCUGCUCCAUGGUGCAGUUUUAUGGUGUUUGGAGGAAAGUGUUGAAGCCACCCAUGAGCCUGGGUGCAGUGGAAUCCAACAUUGCCUUGUUCAGGGCACUACCCACACUCUUCCCCUCACCGUCUGCGCCACCUAAGAAGAUGGGACAGGCCAGUGAGGCAUUGCUUCAUGUCCUUCAGCCAACAGAAGAGCCAGCCAUCUACCUCCAGAAGAGAACCCUCUUCAGCCCUGUUUUGGUCUUUGAUGGGUCCCGCUGUCUUCUGGCAAUUGGAAACACUCCUGUCACUACAUUUGCCAAAGAAGAACUUGGUGAAGGGUUGCUGUAUCUGAUGGGUUAUUACUAUACCCUGCAUCUCACCUAUCCUAAGUGUGUGGCGACCAUUCUCUCUGUCAUUCAGACAGAGGUCUUACAGGACAGUAUCCACGACCGAGACACCACAGGCUCGUACAAAAGAGUCAUGGCAGAGUGGAAUGCUUUCAUUAAGAAAUAG